CCGCGGCUAGAGCCCUCCAGACAACCGAGACCGUCGACACUCGUCCCGGGCGCCGAAACACUCCUCCAUCUGGAUCUCGGCCCCUCUCGACGUUCCGUCAUGCUCCGGAGGACAUUAUUGUAGACCUUUCUGAGCCGGCGUCACCUGCCAGCCCGAGAGAGGACAGGCGAUCCCCCACCCCGAUGCCCGAGUCGAUGGUCCACCGGGCCUUAGUGCAUCGUGCCGCCUCGCCAUCUCCUCCGCGCCCCUCCGAGGCCGACUAUUUCUACGAUGAGGUGACGGACACCUACUACAUGGCUGUUCCUCGCGACUCCAUCAAGUCCCACUUCAGGCCACCUGCUGAGAGACCUAGACCACGUGCAUCCUCUAGGCCAUCUCGCGCGCCUAGCCGCGUUUCGGUAGCCACUGAUCUGGAGGUCGUUGAUCUGGAGUCAAGACAGGAGAUAUCCUCUCAGGCUCACUACCACCCUGGAGACGACUCGGAUGCCUCUUCCGAAGACAACUAUCGGCCUUCCAAUCAGGAUUUCGCCCAACCAGGUGCAGUGUCCCCCUCGGACGACGUACGCACAUUUGCCGAGCAUGUGAUCAAGAUGGGGAACGCUCUCGAUAUUCAAUUCGCCCAGACAGAAGACGAGGCCUCUGAUCCAAUUGAGAGGAGGAUUCAUGGCAAGCUCCCCACUCCACCUGCCAUCCCUCUGCUCCCUUCGUUGGAGAAGCUAGCCAGACGUUCAUGGGCAGCCCCAGCAUCGACAGCUGCUAGUAACAGGAAGAUUGAAUCCCUGUACAGAGUGGCUCCGCGCCCAACAUGGCUACUGGAACAUCCGCGCCAGAACUCGGCCAUCGUGGAGGGUUCCCAGCGCGCCUCCACUCCUAAAGCUUCCUUGAUGCCGUCGGACAGAGAGGCUAAGAAAAUCGACGCCCUCGCUAAAAAGGCCUACUUCUCUUCGGCCCUGGGGAUGAGAGUAGCCAAUUACAACGCGUGUAUGGGCGCAUAAAUACAAUGGCUCAUGGAGAAGAUCUCCCCUCUCAUUCCUGACCUUCCCGACGACUCCCAAGGCAUCCUCUCAGAGGUCCGAGACGAGGCUCAUUCAAUUGGCAGCUGGAUCAUCACAUCGGCAAGACAUUCCACUGACUGUGCCGCGAAAUCCAUGUCAGCAGCCAUCGCCUUGCGGAGACAUGCAUGGUUGAGGUCCUCCGACUUAAACCAAAAUGCUCGCUCCACAAUUGAGGACAUGUCCUUCGAUGAAGAUGGCCUCUUCCACCGCGAAACGGACGAGAAGUUGAACUUCAAGUAUAGGAUGAGGACUGCGGCCAAGAAACACGGGCCUGUGGUUUGCGACGAUCGACCUAAAGGACGCCUACUUCCACGUCAGCAUCCGCGAGAGCCACCGCAGAUUCUUGGCUUUUGCCGUCGGGACCAACGCCUACAAGUACAACGUCCUCCCCUUCGGUCUGUCCACAGCCCCUCGAGUUUUCACCAAGUGCAUGGCACCUGUAGUAUCCCAUCUACAUCGCCGGGGCAUCAGAGUCUUCCCGUACCUGGACGACUGGUUGCUGGUGGCGCCAUCGGACCAAGAGCUCAGCCGUCACAUUGCCGAAACCUUAGAGCUCCUGCAAAGUCUGGGACUGGUCGUGAACCUCGAAAAGUCUCAACUACUGCCCUCCAGGAUCAUAAGGUUCGUCGGCUCGACCCUCGACUCAAACACUUGUGUCGCAUCCUUGCCCUCCGACCGUUUUCUAACUCUCGCCCGAGCCAUCGGAAGAUGUGUCGGCCGAAGAAGAAUAGUUGCCAGGGACGUCCAGGUAGCCCUAGGACAUAUGGCGUCAACCACAUUCGUAACACCGUGGGCAAGACUCCGGUCCCGACCUCUCCAGUCCUGGUUUCUUUCUGUCUUCGACCCAGAGACAGACCACCCGUCACGUCACCUCACGAUCCCGAGACCAGUCGCUCGCUCCCUCCGCUGGUGGCUCGACUCCCGGAACGUUUGCGCCGGCAUGCCUUUUUCUCAACCCCAGCCCGAGGUUGUGCUGACCACCGACGCAUCAGAGGACGGAUGGGGAGCCCACACCACGGACUUGUGGGCCAAAGGACAGUGGUCCCAGGACGAAAAGAGGCUUCACAUCAAUGCCCUGGAGCUACUGGCGGUACAGAAGGCUCUAAGGGUUUUCGAAUCCUCUCUAUCCGACAAGGUGGUUCAGCUCAGGACAGACAACACCACCGUCAUGUAUUACCUGAACAAACAGGGAGGAACCAGAUCUCGUACACUACUCGACAUCACACUCGAGGUCUGGGAUUGGUGCAUAGACCGGAACAUCCUACUCCAAGCAGUGCACCUGCCGGGUGUCCAGAACGACCUGGCGGACCUUCUCAGCAGGUCUCCGUCCCAAUGCCACGAGUGGAGACUCCACCCCGAUACGGUGCUCGACCUCUUCAGUCGGUGGGGAACCCCACAAAUAGACUUGUUCGCGACUGUCCACAACACCCAUUGUCCCCAGUUCUGCUCCCGAACGCCGAACGAACAAUCCCUCGGAGACGCGUUCGGGUUCCUCUGGUCGGGGGUUAUGCUGUACGCGUUUCCCCCCUUUCCGCUGAUCACCAGGACAGUCUCCAAAAUGACAUCGGAUGCCUCAGAUGCCAUCCUGAUCACUCCGUGGUGGCCGGGACAGCCUUGGUUCCCCUGUCUCCUCCACCUAUCCCAGACCAACUUCCUCCGGAUCGAACACAGACCGGAUCUCCUCACGGUUCAAGAGGGUCGGGUUCGACACCCGGACAUCGACACCCUGCCCCUGGUAGCGUGGAGGAUCCAUCCCUUGUACGGCUACCGUCCCCCGUGCGCAGAGUCAUUCUGGCCGCCCACAAGCCAGCUACUCAGAAGUCCUAUGCUUUGAAAUGGAACAGGUUCACCAGGUUCCUAGCCAACAGACAACUGUCUCCAACCCAAGUCACGACACCGGUGGUCCUGGACUUUUUGAUGUCUUUGAUUGACUCAGGCCUUUCUCUCACCUCCGUCAAGUGUUACUUGUCGGCCAUUUGUUCUUCCUUUCAGUUUAAUGGCAAGCCUUCCUUUUUCAAGGACCCCUUGGUAAAGAGUUUUCUAAAGGGAUGCAGCAACCUCCAUCCGCAGGCAUCUCUACCACCCCCGGCCUGGAGCCUUGAUGUGGUGCUACGAUCACUACAGUCCAAACCGUUCGAGCCCUUGGCCACCACGGACAUCAGACUGCUAACUUGGAAAACAGUUUUUCUGGUGGCCAUCACCUCUGCCCGCCGUGCGGGCGAGCUCUGUGCCUUGCGUCGAGACCAACCAUACCUCAUUUUCCACCUGGACAAGGUAGUUCUUAGAACAGACAUUACCUUUUUGCCUAAGGUUGUCUCUGUGUUCCACAUGUGCCAGGACAUUGUUCUCCCGACGCUGGCCCCGAACCCAACCACCGAUGCCGAGCGAGCUCUGCACACCUUGGACGUUCGUAGGGCCCUGGCUUUCUACCUCGACAGGACUAGAGACUCUAGCCGCUCCGAAAGACUGUUCCAGUGCUAUUCGGAGUCCAAAAAAGGACUGCCUGUGUCGGCUCAGAGACUCUCCAAGUGGGUUUCUAACACUAUUUGUUUAUCUUAUGAACUGUUGGGUAAACCCUUGCCAGCUAGGGCUCGGUCUCACACUACAAGAGCAGUUGCGGCAUCUUCUGCCUUUCUGUCAGGUGUGCCCUUGGAUGACAUCUGCAAGGCUGCAGUGUGGUCACAACCUAUGACUUUCAUCAAGCAUUACAGGUUGGACACCAGGGCCAGGGGAGAUGCAGCCUUUGGGAGGGCUGUCCUGUUGUCUGGUUUGCACUGACUACGGUCUGGGGGGGCACAUGUUGUUUUUUCCUUUUGCAUCAUUUGCAAAUAAGAUGUUUAUCAGACUCCUGGGCUCAUGAUACUGUUGGGUUGAGUUCAUGAGGUUGUUGGUUGUUUAUCUUAACCAGUAUGGUGAUAAUAAUAACAACACCAAUUAGACCACUGCUUUGUGUCUUUCUUGCUUUAUUGGUAUCAGCAAUAGUGUUGGAGACAAGGUUAAUAUGACACUCCCUCCUCCACUGACCUUAGCUCGCCAGUCUCAACCCAUUUGUAUGAUUCGCAGAGACCACGAAGAAGAAGGACAGGUUGCUUACCUGUAACGGUGUUUCUUCGAGUGGUCAUCUGCGAAUACAUACAAAUCCCGCCCAUCCUCCCCUCAGUGUCCUGCUCUUUAUUGGCUCAUUCUUAUCGCCUACUUGGCGGAAAAAUUGCGGAACUGGGGAAAGAGCGGGAAGGCAGGGGCUUUAUAAGGG